AUGAGCUCGAAAAUGUUCGUGAUAAAUCGUCAUGGCGAGAAGGAGGCAGUGUACUUUGACAAGAUUCUGAAUCGCAUAUCGGUAUUAGCGGAAGGGUUGCAUCCGUUAGUGGAUGCUACUAAGGUUGCACAGACAGUUAUCAAUGGAAUGUAUGCAGGCAUAUCUACGUCUGAAUUAGAUAAUCUGGCUGCACAAACGUGUGCGUAUAUGGCUGCGACUCAUCCCGAUUUUUCCAAGUUAGCUGCAAGGAUUGCUGUGAGUGAUUUACACAAGAAUACAGAAGAUGAUUUCGCACACACGAUACAUAAAUUAUAUUAUUACGAAGAUAACAAUGGACGUAGUGCGUCAUUAAUAGGUGAUGAUGUAUAUAAAUUUGUUCGAGAUAAUGCAGUGGAAUUGAACAGUAUGAUAAAGUAUAGUCGAGAUUUCGACUUUGACUAUUUUGCGUUCAAGACAUUAGAAAGAGGAUACUUAUUAAGAAUCAACUCACGUGUUGUAGAAAGACCCCAACAUAUGUUCUUGAGGGUAGCUUGUGGUAUCCAUUGUGGGGACUUGGAAAGUGUUAGAGAGAGUUACGAGCUAAUGACACAAAAGUUCUUUACUCAUGCUACCCCUACCUUGUUCAAUGCAGGGACGGCAAGACCUCAGAUGUCCUCCUGUUUCCUUCUGCAAAUGGCAGAGGAUAGUAUCGCAGGUAUAUUUGAGACAUUAAAAUCAUGCGCACUCAUCAGCAAAUAUGCAGGAGGUAUUGGGCUUGCAGUUCAUAAAGUCAGGGCUACAGGAACUUACAUUGCGGGAACCAAUGGAAGAGCGAACGGAAUCAUUCCAAUGCUCAGAGUUUUCAAUGACUGUGCUCGCUAUGUAGACCAAGGAGGUGGCAAACGCAAGGGCUCAUUCGCAAUCUACUUGGAGCCAUGGCAUGCUGAUGUGUUCGACUUUAUUGAACUCCGGAAGAACCAUGGUAAAGAAGAACAGAGAGCAAGAGACUUAUUUCUAGCUCUAUGGAUAUCCGACCUAUUCAUGGAAAGAGUACAAUCUGAUGGUGCUUGGAGUUUAAUGUGUCCUCACUUAUGUCCUGGACUUGACACCUCUUAUGGAAAAGAGUUUGAAGAGCUGUACAUAAAGUAUGAGAAUCAAGGUCGUUAUGUCAAACAGAUCAAGGCACAAUCGUUAUGGUUCGCCAUUCUACAAUCCCAAAUUGAAACUGGAACGCCAUUCCUAGUUUACAAGGACGCGUGCAACAGAAAAAGCAACCAGAAAAAUUUGGGUACUAUUCAAUCAAGCAAUCUCUGCACUGAAAUAGUGGAGUAUACCGCACCUGAUGAGAUAGCUGUAUGCAACCUCGCUUCGUUGUCCUUGCCAAAGUUUGUCGAUCUUGAUAGCCGAUCGUUUGACUACGAAAAACUGAGACGUGUCACCCAUGUAGUUACGAGAAACUUGAACAAGGUGAUUGACAGAAAUCAUUACCCUGUUGAGGCCACGAGGAAGUCCAACAUGCGCCACAGACCCAUUGGCAUCGGUAUUCAAGGUUUGGCCGAUUGCUUAAUGCUCCUCAGAUAUCCCUUUGAAGCACCUGAAGUUAUCAAACUAAACAGGUCUGUGUUCGAGACCAUAUACUUUGCGGCUCUGGAGGAGUCAUGCAGACUAGCUCAGGAGUCUGGCCCCUACGAGACCUUCAAAGGUAGUCCCGCAAGCCAAGGAAUAUUGCAAUUCGAUCUUUGGAAUCAGGAAUACGAGAUGAAGGGAUUGGACACUAGAGUGGAAUUAAGCGGCAUGUGGGAUUGGGCGGAAUUGAAAGAGAAGGUCGUGAAAUACGGUCUUAAGAAUUCGCUCUUAAUCGCACCCAUGCCGACCGCUAGCACUUCUCAGAUCUUGGGUAACUGCGAGUCAUUCGAACCGUACACCAGCAACAUUUACACCAGACGUGUUCUGAGUGGAGAGUACUUCGUGGUCAAUCCUCACCUGUUGAAAGACUUGCUGGACGCGGGGCUAUGGAAUGAGAGCAUGAAGCAGCGUCUCAUUGCCCACAAUGGCAGUAUCCAGAAACUACCGGAAAUUUCAGACGAGUUAAAGGCGCUGCACAAAACCGUGUGGGAGAUUAAGCAGAGAACACUCAUCGACUUGGCUGCCGCAAGGGGUCCGUUUAUCGACCAGUCGCAGUCGCUGAAUCUGUACGUGAUGAAUCCCUCGUUUGCCAAGCUCUCGUCCAUGCACUUCUACGCCUGGAAAACGGGGCUUAAAACGGGUAUGUAUUACCUCAGGACCACCUCUGGGGCGGACCCAAUUAAGUUCACUAUUGAUGUCGCGACAGCCACUCAAGCUAACAAGACGGCACAAGUGGGUGCUAAAACUCCGAUUGUGCAGAAUGAAAAUAAAGCUCCCGUUGUUUGCCCACGACGAGCCAGAACUACCACCGCUGACGGUGAAGAUGAAGAUGGUCCCUGUCUCGCCUGCAGUGGUUAA